CGAGCAUAAUCGAGAGGAUGGACAAUUAACAGGAUCGGCGCCAAAAGCAAAUGAGAUAUUCUAAAACUUUAAAAGUGUUUAGCACUGUUACUAAUCGUGAUAACUGUUCAAAAUGCCUGAAUCUCAAGUGAACGAAGGUGCAUCCGGCUCGGGAACAUCCAAGGAAACCAACUCGAGCAAAAAGAAAAGUUUGCCAUGGAUUGAGAAAUAUCGUCCACAGCGGUUUGAGGAAAUUGUCGGUAACGAGGACACCGUUAGUCGACUGGGUGUUUUUGCUACUCAGGGAAAUGCACCGAAUAUCAUAAUUGCUGGUCCGCCAGGUGUUGGUAAAACCACCACUAUUCUUUGUUUGGCCCGUAUCUUGCUGGGGGAAAAUUUUCGAGAGGCGGUGCUGGAAUUGAACGCGUCGAACGAACGCGGUAUCGAUGUGGUUCGCAAUAAGAUAAAAAUGUUUGCCCAGCAAAAGGUGACUCUGCCGCGAGGGCGUCAUAAGAUUGUAAUUCUCGAUGAAGCUGACAGCAUGACUGAAGGUGCUCAGCAAGCACUACGUAGGACCAUGGAAAUCUACAGUAAUACGACACGUUUCGCGCUGGCUUGUAACACGAGUGAGAAAAUAAUCGAACCCAUUCAGUCGCGUUGCGCAAUGUUGCGUUUCUCGAAACUUUCCGACUCGCAGAUCUUGGCCAAAUUGAUAGAAGUUUGCCAAAAGGAAGCUUUGAGCUAUGACGAAGAUGGACUGGAAGCGAUCGUAUUCACCGCACAGGGUGACAUGAGACAGGCUCUUAAUAAUCUACAGUCAACUGCGAACGGCUUUGGCCACAUCAGCGGGGCUAACGUUUUCAAGGUUUGUGACGAGCCCCACCCAAUGCUGGUGCAAGAUAUGCUCGAGCACUGCAUCAAAGGAGAUAUUCAUAAGGCUUACAAGAUCAUGGCUAAAUUGUGGCGACUGGGAUACGCGGCUGAGGACGUUAUCGGUAACGUUUUUCGCGUCUGCAAGAGGAUGAAUAUGAAUGAAAAGCUGAAGCUGUGCUUCAUUAGAGAGAUAGGAGAGACGCAUAUGAAGAUCGUGGAUGGUCUGAACUCGCUGCUGCAAAUGUCCGGCAUGCUAUCGAAACUUUGUGAAGUUUCGUAUGAUUAUUCAUAGUCUCGAUGUAUUCAAUAAACAAUUUCAAUCA